GCUGAGUCAGCUAAGGGUUUACUGGGAUAAAGAGAUUGAAGAUUGUGUGGUCCGCCAAACCAACACGCAGUUUCAGUAUGGUUACGAGUACCUUGGGAACUCUGGCCGGUUGGUCAUUACUCCUCUGACAGACAGAUGCUACAUCACUCUGACCACUGCUCUUCAUCUCCACCGUGGUGGAUCCCAAAGGGCCCUGCUGGUACUGGCAAAACAGAAACCACCAAGGAUUUAGGCAAGGCCCUAGGCAACUAUGUGAUUGUGGUUAAUUGCUCCGAAGGUCUGGAUUAUAAGUCCAUGGGAAGAAUGUUUAGUGGAUUGGCUCAGACUGGUGCAUGGGGUUGCUUUGAUGAGUUCAAUCGUAUCAACAUUGAGGUACUGUCAGUAGUGGCCCAGCAGAUUCUGUCCAUCCUGUCUGCACUGGCUGCGGGGCACUCCAGAUUUGUCUUUGAAGGCAGAGAGAUCAACCUGGUCUGGUCUUGUGGAAUCUUCAUCACAAUGAAUCCAGGUUACGCUGGCCGGACAGAGCUGCCUGAUAAUUUGAAGUCCAUGUUCCGUCCGAUUUCCAUGGUGGUGCCAGAUUCUGCCUACAUUGCUGAAAUAAUUCUGUUUGGUGAAGGUUUCAGCAAUACAAGGAUUCUAGCAAAGAAAGUGCAUACUCUGUACUCACUGGCAGUUCAACAGCUUUCAAAGCAAGAUCAUUACGACUUCGGGUUGCGUGCUCUUACAUCAGUUCUUCGCUAUGCUGGCAAGAAAAAAAGGGCAGCUCCCAGUGUUCCAGAUGAAGAGAUUCUGUUGCUUGCGAUGAAAGACAUGAAUGUACCCAAGAUGACAGUCAUUGACCUACCUCUGUUCAAUGGCAUAGUGGCUGAUCUCUUUCCAGGAGUUGACACACCAGUCAUUGAUUAUGGCAAGAUGAAGUCUGUGAUUGAGUCGGAGUUGAAGACACAGGGCUAUCAGCCCAUACAGUCUACUGUUUUGAAAGUGAUUCAGUUGUAUGAAACUAAGAACUCACGUCACUCAGUUAUGAUCGUUGGCAAAACUGGAAGCGGGAAGACAGUGACAUGGCGUAUUCUACAAGCCACUCUCUCCAGGAUGAAAAAAGAAGGAGACAACAGCUUUAACUACGUCAGGGAUUUUCCAAUCAACCCUAAAGCAGUAUCACUUGGAGAGCUGUAUGGAGAAUUUGAUCUGAAUACCAAUGAAUGGACAGAUGGAGUGCUUUCAAGUGUUAUGAGGCAAACCUGUGCAGAUGAGAAGCCAGAUGAGAAAUGGUUGAUGUUUGAUGCACCAGUAGACACCUUGUGGAUUGAGAGUAUGAAUUCAGUCAUGGAUGACAAUAAAGUUCUGACGCUCAUCAAUGGUGAACGCAUUGCCAUGCCUGAUCAGGUGACCUUGCUGUUUGAAACAGAGAACUUAGCUGUUGCUUCUCCAGCUACUGUGAGCCGCUGUGGUAUGGUGUACAUGGACUAUGCUGACACUGGAUGGCAGCCAUAUGUCACAUCCUGGUUGCAGAAACGGCCAGACAAGCAUUCCCAAGAAAUUCUUCAGAGGCUGUUUGAUAAGUAUCUGAUCAAAAUACAGGACUUCAAGCAGCAUAACUGCAAUGAACUGGUACCCAUCUCUGAACUCAAUGGAGUCAUGUCUCUCUGCAAACUCUUCAGUGCAUUAGCUACUGAAGAAAAUGGGGUGAACACAUCAGAUAAGGAGAACUAUGAGCGCAUGAUAGAGCUGUGGUUUCUAUUCUGUCUGAUUUGGUCAGUCUGCUCAGCUGUGGAUGAAGAUGGACGCAAAAAGCUUGACAACUACAUCCGUGAGAUUGAAGGUACCUUCCCAAAUAAGGACACUGUGUAUGAGUACUAUGUGGAUUCCAAGAACAAGAACUGGGCUCACUGGGAAGACAAACUCCGGAGUGGCUGGAGAUAUCCCACAAAUGCUCCAUUCUACAAGAUAAUGGUACCCACUGUGGACACCGUGCGCUACAACUUCUUGGUGGGUUCCUUGAUUGGCUCAGUUCAACCUGUACUUCUUGUUGGUCCAGUAGGCACUGGUAAAACAUCCAUUGCACAGAGUGUUUGCAGCAAGCUCGACACGGCCAAGUACAGUGUGUUGACAAUCAACAUGUCUGCACAGACUUCAUCAAACAAUGUGCAGGAGAUAAUAGAGAGUCGGGUUGAGAAAAGAACCAAAGGGGUGUAUGUUCCCAUCGGAGGUAAGAAAUUGCUGACCCUGAUGGACGACUUCAAUAUGCCUGCAAAGGACACAUUUGGAUCCCAACCUCCACUUGAACUCGUGAAACUAUGGAUGGAUUACGGCUUCUGGUAUGAUCGCCUGAAGCAAACUUCCAAAUACAUCAAGGAUAUGCAACUUCUCGCAGCAAUGGGGCCACCAGGAGGUGGUCGAAUGGUCAUCUCAACUCGGUUACAGAGUAGAUUUAAUCUCAUCAACAUGACCUUCCCAAGUGACUCCCAAAUCAAGCGCAUUUUUGGCACAAUGAUCAACCAGAAGCUGCAGGACUUUGAGGAGGAUGUUAAACCAAUUGGUGAUACCAUGACUCAAGCCACACUGGAAAUCUACCAAGCUGUUGUGCAGCGCUUCCUACCCACACCUGCCAAGAUUCACUACCUGUUCAAUCUGAGAGACAUCUCCAAGGUAUUCCAAGGCUUACUGAGAGCACAUAGGGACUUCCAUGACACCAAGGGAAGCAUAACACGCUUGUGGAUCCAUGAAUGCUUCAGGGUUUUCUCAGACCGUUUAGUCAAUGAGACAGACAGUGAGGCAUUUGUAAACAUCUUGAGUGAGAAGCUUGGCAAUCUCUUUGAGCAGACCUUCCACAACAUAUGUCCCAACAAGCAGCCACCAAUCUUCGGCGACUUUAUCUCACAGGCUGAAGUGCCCAUCUAUGAGGAUCUGCAAGAUUUCUCAACCCUAAAGAGGUUCAUGGAGGAUGCUUUGGAGGACUACAACAGUAGUCCAGGUGUCAUUGCAAUGGAUCUUGUCCUUUUCAGAGAUGCAAUUGAGCAUGUAUCCCGUAUCAUUCGUGUGAUUGGCCAGCCUCGAGGUAACAUGUUACUUGUGGGUAUUGGUGGCAGUGGACGCCAGUCAUUAACACGCCUUGCUGCAUCUAUUUGUGAGUAUGUGACAUUCCAGAUUGAAGUCACCCGUGUGUACAGGAAGGUGGAAUUUAGAGAUGACCUGAAGCGCCUGUAUUACAUGGCGGGCGUAGAGAACAAGCCAACAGUCUUCUUGUUCAAUGACACACAAGUAGUGGAGGAAUCCUUCCUAGAAGAUAUCAACAACAUCCUGAGCAGUGGAGAAGUACCUGCCAUGUAUAAACCAGAAGAGUUUGAAGAGGUUCGUAAUGCCUUAUCAGCUGAUGCCAAGAAAGAGGGCAUUCCUGAAUCCCCAGACAGCAUGUUUGCAUACUUCAUUGAGCGUGUACGCACCAAUCUCCAUGUUGUGCUUUGCAUGAGUCCAGUUGGAGAUCCAUUCAGAAACCGGAUUCGGAUGUACCCAGCUUUUGUGAAUUGCACAACGAUUGACUGGUUCACAGAGUGGCCAAAAGAUGCCCUAAUUGAAGUUGCUGAGAAGUAUCUAGAAACUAUUGAUGUGGGAGGCAAUGAAGAGAUGAAGAAUAACAUGGCUCAGAUCUUUUGCACAAUACAUCGCUCCGUUGUUGAGAGUUCUCAUAAAAUGUUGUUUGAAUUGAAGCGCCACAACUAUGUCACCCCCACUAAUUACCUGGAGCUGGUUACUGGAUAUAAAGUUCUCCUGUAUGAGAAGCGGAAGGAGUUGGGAGAUGCUGCAAACAAACUCAAGAAUGGUCUCUUCAAAAUUGAUGACACAAGAGCAAAAGUUGAAGUCAUGUCUGUUGAGUUGGAGGAUGCAAAGACUAAAGUUGCCCAGUUUCAGAAGCAGUGUGAGGAAUAUCUUGUGAUCAUCGUUCAGCAAAAGAGGGAGGCAGAUGAGCAACAAAAGAGUGUUCAAGCUCGUAGUGAAAAGAUUGGAGAGGAAGAAGUUCGAUGUCAGGCCAUGGCGGAUGCUGCCCAGCAAGAUUUAGCUGAGGCUUUACCUGCAUUAGAAGAGGCAGUCAAGGCUUUGGAAUCCCUCAACAAGAAAGACAUUGGAGAGAUCAAAUCCUAUGGACGACCUCCAGCAUUAGUUGAGAAAGUGAUGGAAGCUGUCAUGAUCCUGAAAGGAUGUGAACCGACAUGGGCUGAGGCAAAGAGACAAUUGGGUAACCAGAAUUUCAUCAAAGAGCUGAUAGAGUUUGACAAAGACAACAUGUCUGACCGGGUUUUGAAACGUAUUGGCCAGUACUGUGCACAGCCUGACUUCCAACCAGACAUUAUUGGACGUGUCUCAGCUGCAGCACGCUCCCUUUGUCUGUGGGUGAGAGCCAUGGAUGUCUAUGGUCGCAUUUUCAGAGUUGUGGAGCCUAAGAAGCAACGCUUGAACAAUGCAACAUCCAUGCUUGCUGAAAAACAGGCAAUUCUGGCUGAGGCAAAAGCAAAACUCAAAGAGGUAACAGAUAGAAUGGAGAUGCUGAAAAAGCAAUAUGAUGAAAAGUUGGCCGAGAAAGAGCAGCUGCGUAUCAAGGCAGAAAUGAUGGAGGUCAAACUAGAAAGAGCUGGAAAGCUGGUGUCUGGCUUGGCUGGAGAGAGGGAUCGCUGGGAGGAAAAUGUUAAGGUUUUGGAGGAGAACAUGGUGUUCUUGGUUGGUGAUUGUCUGGUAGCUGCUGCAUUCUUGUCUUAUUCUGGGCCUUUCUUAUCAGAGUACAGAGACUAUCUUGUGAAGGAAGUUUGGCUCAAAGAGGUCCGGAAACUGAAUGUACCAUGCAGUCCUGACUUCAGUUUUGCACUAUUCCUCUCCAAACCAACUGCUGUACGUGACUGGAAUAUCCAGGGAUUACCCACAGAUUCCUUCUCUACUGAGAAUGGCGUCAUUGUCACUAGAGGAAGCAGAUGGCCAUUGAUGGUGGACCCUCAAGGACAAGCUAUUAAGUGGAUCAAGAAUAUGGAAGGGAAACGUGGCCUGAAGAUGAUAGAUCUUCAGCAGCAUGACUACUUACGAACCUUAGAGAAUGCCAUCCAAUAUGGAUUUCCGGUACUACUGCAAAAUGUGCAGGAGGAGUUGGAUCCAUCAUUGUCACCCAUACUGAACAAGUCAGUCAUCAAACGAGGUGGGAGACUCACGAUCCGCCUUGGUGAUAAGGAGCUGGACUACAGCCCUGACUUCAAGUUCUAUAUCACAACUAAGCUGAGUAAUCCCCACUACACACCAGAGAUUUCCACCAAGACAACCAUUACAAAUUUUGCUGUGAAAGAGCAAGGACUUGAGGCUCAGUUGCUUGGCAUUGUGGUCCGUAAGGAAAGACCUGAACUUGAAGAGCAAAAAGAUGCUCUAGUCAUGAAUAUCGCUGCAGGAAAGAAAAAACUUGUGGAACUAGAGGAUGAAAUUUUGAGGUUGCUCAAUGAAGCACAGGGAUCACUUCUUGAUGAUGAACAAUUGGUCAAUACCCUCCAAACAUCCAAGAAAACAUCAGAAGAAGUUGGUGAACAGCUUCAGGUUUCAGAGCAGACUGAGGCCAAAAUUGAUGCAGCCAGAGAGGGUUAUCGUCCUUGCGCUCAGCGUGCAUCCAUUCUCUUCUUUGUCCUCAAUGAUAUGGGCCGUAUUGACCCAAUGUAUCAAUUUUCACUGGAUUCCUACAUUGACCUGUUCAAUACAUCUAUAGACAAGAGUCAGCGAAGCCCACAGCUUGAGUCACGAAUCUUAAAUCUGAAUGAGUACCACACAUAUGCUGUGUACAGAUUCACAUGUCGUGGUCUGUUUGAGAAGCACAAACUUCUCUUUUCCUUCCAAAUGUGUGCCAAAAUUUUGGAGGCUGCUGGCAAGAUAAAUAUGGAUGAAUACAACUUCUUCUUGAGAGGCGGUGUGGUUUUGGAUCGCGAAGAACAAAUGGACAAUCCCUGUUCUGGUUGGCUUGCUGAUUCAUCGUGGGACAAUAUCACCGAACUUGACAACAAGUUGGCUAAUUUUCACGGGCUAGUUCAGUCCUUUGAGCAAUACCCACGUGAUUGGCAUGUUUGGUACACAAGUUCAGAACCUGAAACAGCUCCUUUGCCAGGUGAAUGGGAUAGUGCCUGUAAUGAAUUGCAGCGAAUGUUGAUUAUCCGAUCAUUGCGUCCUGAUCGUGUGUCCUUCUGUGCAGGAUCAUUUAUUGUCAACAAUCUUGGAUCUAAGUUUGUUGAACCUCCUGUGCUUGAUAUGAAAGCUGUUCUGGAUGACUCGAACACGAGAACGCCACUCAUUUUUGUUCUUACAACUGGAGUGGAUCCAACAAGCAUGCUUCUUCAGCUAGCUGAACAAAGUGACAUGGCUCAUCGUUUCCAUGCGCUAUCACUUGGCCAGGGACAGGCACCAAUUGCAACACGUAUGAUCAAAGAAGGCGUCAAAGAGGGUAACUGGGUAUUCUUGGCUAACUGUCACUUGUCAUUGAGUUGGAUGCCAGCAUUAGCUAAACUGGUAGAGCAGCUUCAGGUUGAGGACCCUCAUCCAGACUUCAGACUGUGGCUGAGUAGCAGUCCACAUCCUGAAUUCCCAAUCUCCAUCCUCCAAGGCGGUAUCAAAAUGACAACAGAACCACCUAAGGGACUUAAAGCCAACAUGAAGCGCUUGUAUCACCUUGUAACAGAGCAGCAAUUUUUACGAUGUCAGAAGCCGGAGAAGUACAAGAAGCUAUUGUUUGCUUUAUGCUUCUUCCACUCAAUCCUCUUAGAGAGACGCAAAUUUCAAAUGCUUGGAUGGAACAUCAUGUAUGGCUUCAAUGACUCAGACUUUGAGGUGUCUGAGAAUCUUCUGAGUAUCUACCUUGAUGAGUAUGAUGAGACACCAUGGGAUGCCCUCAAGUACCUGAUUGCAGGAGUCAACUAUGGAGGUCACAUUACUGAUGACUUUGAUCGACGCUUGCUCAUCACAUAUAUCAACGAGUACUUCUGUGAAGCAACACUUGCAACAGCUUUUUAUAAGUUGUCAUCAUUGCAGACGUACUAUGUUCCUAAAGAUGGACCACUUCAAGCUUACAAGGAGUACAUCAGUAUGCUUCCAGGUGUAGAUCAUCCAGAGAGCUUUGGCCAGCACCCUAAUGCAGAUAUCGCAAGUCAGAUCACUGAGACACGAAUAUUGUUUGAUACACUCCUUUCACUACAACCUCAGGUCUCUGUCAAACAAGGGGAAAGCAGAGAGAGUAAGGUGCAGAAGCUGGCUGCUGAUGUAUUAGAGAAAAUCCCACCUGACAUUGACUAUGAAGGCACUGCCAAGAUUUUGAAGGACGACCCAUCUCCACUCAAUGUUGUCCUGCUUCAAGAGAUCCAACGCUACAAUGCUCUUCUGCAAAUCAUUCGAUCUUCUCUUAUUGAUCUUGAGAAAGGCAUUAAAGGUUUAGUGGUUAUGUCAUCUGAGCUUGAAGAAAUUUUCAACUGCAUCAACGAUGCUAGAGUACCGCCUAUGUGGGAAAAGGCAUACCCAUCUAUGAAGUCACUUGGAUCUUGGACCCGUGACCUUGUGCAACGUGUUGAUCAGUUUGAAAAGUGGGCAAGCACUGCACACCCCCCCGUUAUUUACUGGAUGUCAGCCUUCACCUUCCCUACAGGAUACCUAACAGCAGUCUUGCAAACUUCAGCUAGACAGAAUAAUGUGUCAGUGGACUCUCUGUCCUGGGAGUUUGUGGUCUCCACUGUAGACGACAACAACAUCAUGGAGCCACCUAAGGAUGGUGUGUAUAUCAAAGGUCUGUUCCUGGAAGGAGCAGGCUGGGACAAGAAAAACGCUUGUCUGGUGGAGGCUAAGCCAAUGCAGCUAGUGUGUCCAAUUCCUACCAUCCACUUCAAGCCUGUUGAAAACAAAAAGAAGAGUGGAAAAGGAAUGUAUUCCUGUCCUUGCUAUUACUAUCCUAACCGAUCUGGCAGCACAGGACGGGCAUCAUUUGUUGUUGGCAUUGACCUCAAAUCGGGUGCAUUCACUGCUGACCACUGGAUCAAGAGAGGAACAGCUCUGCUGAUGAGUUUGGAAUAUUAGUCAUUCAGUCUUGCACAUUUUUAUUUUGUUUGAGUACAAUGUAUUGAAUUUGUUUUCAUGUAUUCAUUUUUGACAUGUUCUAUCCAAGGAUAUUAAUUACCAUUUAGAUUGCACCCAUUCCUGCUACAUGUUAAAGGUUAAAUGCCUGUACCAGCUUAUUUACAUGUAAGGGAUCUGAUGUCCCAUGAUAUGCACUUUAUUGCAAACUUCUGGAUAGUUUUUUUUUUUACCGGUACUGUUUUAAUUUAUAGUCGUGUUGAAAAAAAAUAUCUAUCCUUUCAUUGGUGUUCACACUAUUGGCAGUUAUUUAUUUGAAAUAAGGCAUCAAUAUAAACCAAAAUUAUCAGAGUGUAUCUGUUUCAAAAUUUGGCCUGUCAACACAAAGUUGUCACUGUAUGUUUCUUUUCAAAGUGUUUAUAACAGAGUUAUCACUCUUUUAGGCAUGGUGUAUUUUUUUUCAUAGAUUGCAAUGACAUUUUGGGGGGUUUUAUAUAAAAGUGUACCCCAUUUUGAAAUUAUUAUAACCCUUUAAACUAUAAUAGAUAAGCAAUGACAUGCAGCUUAAAAUUUCAAAAUUAUACUUUUUAUGUUCAUUUUUGCUUGGUUGUAAAUGCUGAGACUGUGCUUGCCGAGGACUUCCAUCAUUGUUUUUGUUCUUCCUUGUUAAGAUAGCAACUGUACCCUUGCUGUAUGUUUUCAAAACGACCACAUUUUUCAUUUUGCCUGAGCAGUCUAGCUGGAACAAAAUUCAAUGUCAUAAAAUGAGUGCAUAAAAUAGUUUUUUAAUAUACAAUCUGCCUUGAGGAAUGAGCUGAGAGGUAUGAGUUCAUACUCGGAUAUUUCUUGUAUUCAUAAGCAAGGGGCAAUGGCACAGUUUGGAGAGUUUAAAAAUGUUGAUGCAAAUGUUAAGCAUUUAAUACAAUGCAUAAUUAUUUAAAUUCUACCUUGAAUUUUUCUUCCUAAAUAAAUUAGACAGUUUGAGUGCAGCAUUACAUUUUACAUUUGUGACCUGUCUUUCCCCCAUUUUGUUUUACAAAAUUACAAACCACUUUUUCUCCCACUUUUGAUUUGACACCUAUCUGUGUUUACCUUCACAUUAACUUGCAAAUCCCCCUGGCAUGCUGGCAGUAUACGUGUAUAUACUAAACUAAAAUCAGGAAUGAACUGAACUCAUUUGACCCUAGAUGACCUUUGACCUCAAAUGUCCAUGAUCGCCAAUUGGGGACCUUCGGGAAUUUUGGACCCUAUUGUCCUCUAUUGUCCAACGUCCCCUAUUGAGUGCAGAGACAAACUCACGCACAGACACGCAGAAGGAAUAUGCUAUUGCAAUAUCCCCCUUUCUGUCUUAAAAGCCAGGGGUAUAAAAAGUCAGUUAUCUUCAGCGAUUAAUAUACUGGUUAGACACGAUGAAAGACAAUAAAUGGUCAAAAGAAUAUAUGUACUGCUGAGCUUGAUUGUAAGUUUAUAUAUAGGAACAUUAUGAACAGUUUAUCUUGAUUUUGAUUCCAUGGAAUGGUACAUUGCAAAGACUACAUUAUUUCUUCUGAUCAAAUGUUUUGUUUUAUGAACUUUGAACGUAUGCUAGAGUGUAACCUUAGUUGUAACAUGAAGGGCAUCAAAAGCAUUUUUAAUUCCGUCCAUCCGAAUGCAUUAGGUAAUACAGGUUGUUUUUGUACUUUCAAAAUUAUAUAGCGUAGAUGAUGUGGUCUCUGUGAGUGCAACGGAACUUGGGCUGACAAACCCUCAUCAAAAAUCAAAUUUGGAGAGGUUUAUGUUCCAAAAGCCUGUAAGAUGAGCCAAGUGUCACAUCGUUAUUGUUUUGUCACAAAUCAACAGUUUCCAAAGUUGGAGGAAAUGUGUGAUUUUACCAUUUUAUGUCUUUUAUUAAAGUAAAAUCAGCAUAAUAAAAGUACUUCCAAUUAUCUGUUUGCUAUGUGC